GUGAAGUAGAUCAUAGUCAUAUGACUGAAGUUUAUAUAUUAAACUAAAUGAGGAAGCGUCCGCUUAAAUGGCAACUGAAAACAUAGUUGAUCGUAUACAGGACUCUUUCUUGUCCUGUACCAUAUGUUUUCAGCCAUAUAAUAAACCGAAGGCUUUACCGUGCCUACACACUUUCUGUGAGGGAUGUUUACGGGAUUAUGUCACAACAAGAUUUGAAGACACGGGGCAGUUUCCAUGUCCCUUAUGCCGGCAGACAAUAUUUAUACCUCCUGGAGGAGUGGCAGCACUACCAGACAACCAUUUCAUUGUCGGGCUCAGCGAUACUGUCAGUACAUAUGGAGCAUGCGGCUCUAUACAGCGCCAACAUGAAUCAACACCUUUAUUAUCCGGCACCAAGACUGAUCAUUUCUCAACAGAAACCGCAAAUAAGUUGAUUCGAAGAUUCGGCAACUUUGGCACUCAGCCACACGAGUUUAUUCAAGUGACCGGGAUAUCAGUCUCGUCAUUCACUGACGAUAUAUUCCUGUCUGAUUCGGCGUUGAACAGAAUUUCGAUAUUCUCGUCUGCGGGGUUGUUUCGUGGUAGUUUUCAGUGCGACUGCUCUGUCAGAGAUAUUGCAAUAACACAUGGAGGUACCAUCUUAGCUGCAGUCAGUCGAUCUGGAAACGCACUCCUUCGUGAGUACACAACAGAUGGACGAUUGAUAGCUUUACAUGGAACUUUUUACAGCCAGGAGAAUCCAUUUGGCGUGACAGUAUCCAGAAAUAACUAUGCCAUAGUUACAGGACUUCGUCAGAACUGUAUACAUGUACUAACAGACAGGCGGAAACCUUCUGUGAGGUUCGGUUCUCGUGGAAAAGGCAUGCAACAUUUUAUGUCACCGUAUUACGUAACCGUUAAUAACAAAGAUGAAAUAGUAAUAGCUGAUAGUGGAAAUCAUAGAAUAAAAAUUCACAAGCUAGAUGGAACGUUUCUUCAUGUAUUCGGAAAGCAAGGGUCAAAGCCAGGAGAGUUAUUCUAUCCCAUGGGAGUUUGUGUAGACAGAUAUGAUAACAUUUACGUCGCUGACGCCAAUAAUUAUCGGGUGCAAGCUUUUAACAGGAACGGUGAAUUUCUGGGGCUACCGGUUAAAGAUACAUACGAGUACGGAAUGGACGUGAAACCUGUGAAUAUUAGAUUCAGCGAAGACAAUGUACUUCUUGUAGUUCUUCGUGGUUCAAAAUUUUGUCAGAUUCAUACUUACCUGUGGGAUGUAGAGAAGUACAAGCCUGUUCACAAAUCGGGCUGGCUUGAUCUGCUUUCUUGUUGCAAAUGAAGUAGUAUAUAUAAAUAAAUCCAAGACGUGAUACAAAGCAAACUGCGACAUAAACAGUAAUAUGUGAAACUAAAUUUCGACAUAUUUUAUAACAAAAUAAAAAUGUACGGUAAGAAAACUACUUUAAAUUUGCAUCCAAUAUAAGUUAAAAUAUGUUAAAGAGACAUAAUUUAUGUAAGUCUUUUUAUUCUCGAUUUUUAGCGUACCUAAGCACAAAGUGCUCAUGGUGAGAUAUUGUGAUCACGCCGUGUCCGUCGUCCGUUGUACGUACGUACGUGCGUCCGUCCGUCCGUCCGUCCGUCGUCAACAUUUGUGCUUAAACGACAUCUCCUCCAAAACCAAUGAAUGGAUUUUGAUAAUACUUGGCCAUGAUAUUCCCUGGGUGGUCCUUUACCAAAGUUAUUCAUACGGUUCCGCUUUGUUGCACAUAGGGGUUGCCAGAGCUAAAAAUAGAAAAAACUUCAAACAACAUCUCCUAAACUGAUGGUCUGAUUUUAAAAUAAUUUCACACAAAUGGUCCUUAUGUCACUCUCUACCAAGAUUGUUAAAGUUUUACCGAUUCUUCAAAAACGUGGCCGCUGAUUUUUCCUUUAUGUAUAUAGUGGAAACUUUAAAAAUCCUCUUGUUUGAAACUGCAAGCAUGAUUUUAAAAUAUUUUUACACAAAUGGUUCGUGUGUGACCCUCUACCAAGAUUGUUCAAAUUAUUUUGAUUCGUCAAAAAGCAUGGCCGCCAGAGGGCUUGGUCACUUGUCCCUAUAUGUAUAUAGUUGAAAGUUUAAAAAUCCUUUAAAAAUCUUCUUGUUUGAAACUGCAAGAAUGAUUAUAAAAUAAGUUUACACAAAUAAUUCUUGUGUGACCCUCUACCAACAUUGUUCAAAUUAUUUUGAUUCGUCAAAAAAAAACAUGUCCGCCAGAGGGCUUGGUCACUUUUCCUUAUAUGUUCAUAGUUGAAACUUUAAAAAUCCUUUAAAAAUCUUCUUGUUUGAAACUGCAAGUAUGAUUUUAAAAUAAUUUUACACAAAUGGCUUUUGUGUGACCCACUACCAAGAUUGUUCAAAUUAUUUUGAUUCGCCAAAAAGCAUGGCUGCCAGUGAGCGUGGUCACUUUUCUAUUCUGAAUCAAUAAUAGCUAGAGCCAUGAUAUUUGGCGUGUGAUAUCAGAUUUGUAAUGUCUAUUAUAAUUGUUCCAAUUAUUGACCUAGGUCCAAAAGUGUGUUUGUGACAUGUAUAUAAUAAAGGCUUACAUAGAAGAAACCUAACUCUGUACUUGUACAAACACACAAACACACGUGAAGCCUUGUACACAGAUUAGCGCUUAAGGGUCAGUGACCUUCUUGUUACUGUAAUAUUUGGUUUCUUUAACACAUGUAUCUGAUUUAAACAAACAAGUGUAAUUAUUUUUGUUAUAAUUGUUGAUAUUAUGAUUUUUGGAAAGUUACAUGCAUCUGAUUCAAAGAAACAUGUGUAAUUAUUUUGUUAUAAUUGUUGUUACUAUUAUUUUGUUGUUGUCGCUUUAUCUUUUGAAUAUUUACUUCGAUCCCUUGCCGGGGAGUAUGUUCUCCUUGAAAAUAUAAUGAUGAGAACAGUUGGUGUCUGAAAUUGUUCGUUUUCCACCUCUGAUUCAUUGGCAGUCAGUUGCGGAGAACAGGUUACAUCGUAAUACUCGUUUAGAGGAGCACUUGUUACAGUGACUACAUGCUGAAAUACUUUUCAAAAGCGACCCUAUGCAAAAACUUCUAAUCUUACUGAUUUAUUGAACUAAAAGCGUUUGUAUAAUAACAGGACGUCAUUGUAUUUCUUAAAAUAUCAAAAUUAUAUUUUACUGGUGCUUAUGACUGUGAUGUUAAUUUAUAUGUUGUAUUAAGCUUUCAAUUAAAAUAAUAUUUACUCAU